AUGGCUAAACUUCGCGACUUACCUCAAUCAACAAGAUCUCUCCAGCCGAAGACCUCGAAGCCUGACUUGCACCGCCCAAGCGAUGUAUCGACGACUACAUUACCGUUUUCCGGGACCUUUGGCCCUGGGGAGACGAGUGAUGUCCCUGAUAUGCGACCAAUUCCAGGUCAACGUGGUGCAACUUUCAACAAUAAGUUCCCUUUCGCCAAGAAGCAACGAACCCAUCGGCCUCAAGACUAUGUUGAUGAUGCAAUUGGCCCGACAGAUCGUAACGAUCCUAACAAAAUAUAUCAUCUCGAUACCAACCUGAACGAUAUGGAGGGUAUCCUAACGAAACCUCCUCCACUUACACCUAUGGAUACUAGCUUCGUUAACAAUGUCGAACCUGAGCGCCACGAUUCCAUUAUCUCCACAGCACCUAAAGGCCGUUGGGAUGCUCCUGACAGUUGGGCAGUGCGACGCAAUACUGAGGAUAACUCAUACCAUGGCCCUGAACCAGAUGAGAUUGGUAGCCCCCCUCGCCCAGAAGAGAAGGCAUCCCCAUACUGCAUUCGAAUCUUUCGCUCAGAUGGUACAUUCUCUACACAUUCCAUGCCUCUGGACUCGAAUGUCACGGAUGUCAUCUCCCAAGUCAUUAAGAAGACUUAUGUGGUUGACGGUUUGGAGAACUAUCAUAUUAUCAUGAAGAAGCAUGAUCUUAUCAGGGUUUUGACACCCCCUGAGAGACCCUUACUCAUGCAGAAGCGGCUCCUGCAGCAAGUCGGUUAUGAGGAAAAAGAUAGAAUCGAAGACCUCGGCCGCGAAGACAACAGUUACCUCUGCAGGUUCAUGUUCUUGUCUGCCAGGGAGAGCGACUUCCAUGCCAAAACAACCGACAUGGGCCUGGCUCGGGCUCAGAAGCUCAAUUACGUGGACCUCUCUGGUCGCAACCUCGUUACAAUACCUAUAUCCCUAUACUCAAAGGCCAUGGAGAUUAUCUCUCUUAACCUCUCGCGCAACCUCUCGCUCGACGUCCCGCGAGACUUUAUACAGUCUUGUAAACAUCUUCGAGACAUCAAGUUUAACAACAACGAAGCUAGGAAACUACCGCCCAGUCUGAGUCGAGCAAACAGAUUGACCUUUCUGGAUGUUGCAAACAACCGGCUGGAGCAGUUGGAGCACGCUGAGCUCAACUCUCUUACAGGGAUGCUGAAGAUGAACUUGGCCAACAACCGGCUUAAACACUUGCCCUCUUACUUUGGAGCAUACCAGUCACUUCGCUCUCUUAAUAUUUCUUCUAACUUCCUCGACAAGUUCCCGACUUUCUUGUGCAAUCUACCAAGUUUGGUCGACCUGGAUCUGAGUUUCAAUGCCAUUGCAACGAUUCCUCACGAGAUUGGCGGCCUGAAGAACUUGGAGAAAUUGUUGAUAACUAACAAUAGGCUGACGCACGCUGUACCAGCGUCAUUUGGACAACUUGUCAGCCUACGCGAACUCGACAUUAAGUACAAUGGUAUCUCGAGCAUCGACAUUAUUUCGGAGCUCCCGAAGCUUGAGAUUCUUUCUGCUGAUCACAACUGCGUCUCUGCCUUUGUUGGACAGUUUGAGUCCCUUCGCCAACUCAAACUGAACUCGAACCCCCUCAACAAAUUCGAGAUUGUUGCCCCAGUUCCCACACUCAAGAUAUUGAACCUAUCGAACGCUCAGCUUGCCAGUAUUGACUCGUCGUUCGUCAACAUGGUCAACCUGGAGCACCUGAUCCUGGAUAAAAAUUACUUUGUUUCGUUGCCCCAAGAAAUCGGUACCUUGAGCAGACUCGAGCAUUUUAGUAUCGCGAACAAUUCCGUUGGAGAGCUACCAGCCCAGAUUGGUUGCUUGACUGAACUGAGAGUGCUCAAUGUCCGAGGAAACAAUAUCUCCAAGCUGCCCAUGGAGUUAUGGUGGGCAAACCGACUGGAGACCUUUAACGCCUCUUCAAAUGUUCUGGAGCACUUCCCCAAACCUGCUUCCAGGGCGCCACGGAUACCAGGAGAGGAAUCGCAGCCUGCGCCCCCUCCUGUCAAUGGAAGAGCUGCACCACUCGGAACCCUGUCGGCCACAGCAAGCUCUGAAGAGCUGUCAGACGAUCGAAGACCCAGUCAAAAUUCGAGCACACUCCUCAGUGUCGGACCAUCUCCCCUUAACGCUGGUGACCGCAAGAGCUCUGUCGUGUCUGUCUAUGGGAAGGGUGGCCGUAAGACCUCAGUUGUGUCUAGAUCAGCAACUCCGUCGGCCCCUACACAAACAGUCAACACCAGAAAGGAUUCUGGGAUGUCAUCAAGGCUUAACAACACAUUUGCUGGAUCCCUUCGUAACCUUCACUUGGCCGACAACCGUCUGGAUGACGAUGUUUUUGAUCAGAUCACACUCCUUGGGGAGCUCCGGGUGCUCAACUUAUCAUACAACGACGAAAUCAGUGACAUGCCACAGAGAUCGAUCAAGAACUGGCCUCAACUAGUUGAGCUUUAUUUAUCCGGAAACGCUCUCACGACAUUGCCUGCCGAUGAUCUAGAAGAGUCCAGUUUACUACAGGCACUUUAUAUCAACGGCAACAGGUUCACCAACUUGCCAGCCGACAUCUCACGGGCCAAGAACCUUGCUGUUCUCGACUGUGGCAGUAACUACCUAAAAUACAACAUCUCCAACGUGCCCUAUGAUUGGAACUGGAACCUCAAUCCGAACCUCAGAUAUCUGAAUCUGUCUGGCAACAAGCGAUUGGAGAUUAAGCAGACGAACACAGCUCCUCUGGGGCCUGGCGCCGUAAAUCGUGAGGAGUACACGGACUUCAGCCGUCUGCUUAACUUGCGUAUCCUGGGCCUGAUGGAUGUCACUCUCACUCAGCCCAGUAUUCCUGAUCAGAGUGAAGACAGACGUGUCCGUACAUCUGGAUCACUCGCUGGCCACCUGCCUUAUGGUAUGGCCGAUACUCUUGGCAAGCACGAGCACUUGUCAACGGUCGAUCUCGUGGUACCAAGAUUCAACUCGUCAGAAACAGAGAUGCUCUUGGGCUUGUUUGAUGGACAAGCUUUGUCCAGCGGUGGAUCUAAGAUCGCUAAAUACUUGCAUGAAAACUUUGGUCACAUUUUCGCUGGUGAACUGAAGCAGUUGAAGACACGAUCGAACGAAACACCGGUUGAUGCACUACGACGCUCGUUCCUCCAGCUCAACAAGGAUUUGGUCACUAUUGCUAUCCAGCAGUCCGAGGAGAGGCCAUUGAAAACGCAUAGGGGCUCUGGCCAGCCUGUAAUACUUACCAAGGAAGACCUGAACUCAGGGGGUGUGGCAACUGUGGUUUAUCUUCAAAGUACGGAACUAUAUGUUGCAAAUGUCGGUGAUGCACAGGCAAUGGUAAUCCAGACAGAUGGUACUCAUAAGAUGCUGACCCGCAAGCAUGAUCCUGCCGAGCCCAAUGAGAGAUCGCGCAUUCGCGAAGCUGGUGGAUGGGUUUCUCGCAACGGCAGACUGAACGAUCUACUCCAAGUUUCACGCGCCUUCGGAUACGUUGACUUGAUGCCGGCCGUACAAGCAGCACCCUAUGUCAGCAACAUGACUAUCCGAGAGCAGGAUGAUAUUAUCCUGAUUGCGACUGGCGAGCUCUGGGAGUACCUGUCACCUGGUCUAGUGACGGACAUUGCGAGAGCUGAGAGACAAGAUCUCAUGCGAGCGGCCCAGAAGCUUCGUGACCUGGCUAUCGCAUACGGCGCCUCGGGCAAAAUUAUGGUCAUGAUGAUUAGUGUGGCUGACCUAAAGCGACGGGUCGAGAGAUCCAGACUCCAUCGCGGUGCUAGUAUGUCGCUUUAUCCAUCUGGUAUUCCCGAUGACGCCCAGGUUCUCAAUACCAGGAGGGGCCGAAGGACCAAGGGCGAUGUUCUCGAUUCAUCCCUAAACCGACUUGAGGCAGAGAUCCCAGCGCCUACAGGUAACGUGUCGAUUGUCUUCACCGAUAUCAAGAACUCGACAACACUCUGGGAGAUGUACCCCAGCGCCAUGCGAUCUGCUAUCAAACUACACAACGAGGUUAUGCGUCGACAGCUGAGACGAAUUGGUGGCUACGAAGUCAAGACCGAAGGUGACGCUUUUAUGGUCUCCUUCCCAACAGCCACGUCCGCAUUGUUAUGGACGUUUGCUGUUCAGAUGCAGCUUCUCGAUGUGAACUGGCCAUCAGAAGUCCUGAACUCAGUGUCUUGCCAGCCUGUCUAUGACAAGGACAACAGUCUCAUCUUCAAAGGACUGUCGGUGCGGAUGGGUAUCCACUUUGGAGACUGCGUGAGUGAGACGGAUCCAGUUACACGACGUAUGGAUUAUUUCGGACCCAUGGUGAACAAGGCGGCUCGAAUCUCUGCGGUUGCAGACGGUGGGCAGAUCACGGUCUCGACCGACUUCAUCUCGGAGAUACAGCGGUGCCUAGAGAAUUAUCAAGAUACAGAUCGCGGAAACGCUUCUGGCUCCGAGGAUACCUUUGAUGAUGAGACAUAUGCUAGUGCCAUUCGAAAGGAUUUGAGAUCCCUGACCUCUCAAGGCUUUGAGGUUAAGGAGAUGGGCGAGAAGAAGUUGAAGGGUCUUGAAAACCCCGAGGUUGUGUACUCGCUAUACCCUCAUGCAUUGGCUGGACGUAUCGAAUUCCACCUGCAGCAUGAGAGGAAGGAAGAAGGAGGAGGCGGCGGCGGCGGCGAUAAGCCAGCCGUCCUUGCACCCGGGGCAGAGCUCAGUAUCGAUCCUGAUGCAAUUUGGACUCUCUGGAGAAUCAGUUUGCGACUUGAGAUGCUUUGCAGCUCUCUGGAAGGAAACGAGGCCCCAGGGCUACAACCACCAGAAACAGAACUGCUCGAGCGGAUUAAGCAGCGUGGAGGAGAGGUCACAGAUCGCUUCUUGUUGAACUUCUUGGAGCACCAAGUGAGCAGGAUAGAGACCUGUAUAUCGACAUUGGCGAUGCGCCACCUUGCUACUGGUGGUGGCCCUAUUAAGGAACUAGAAGAUCUCCAGGGUCCAAUGACUGCAAUCUUGGAUAUGUUCAUGGCACAGAGGAAGGAACUUGAACGAUACAGGAGGAAAUAUGGUGCGCUGCCAAGCCCCUCUAGUAGCGAGGACGAAGACGAAGACGAAGACGAAGACGAAGACGACGAGGACGACGGCGACGACGAUCCCGACACAGAGGAAGGGAGCGACACAGAGCAAGAGUUGUGA